AUGGAGCAAAGUCUUCUUAUUAAUAUAGUCGAUCAAAUAGUAUUACUUAAUGAAAAUUUCUCAGCGAAUGAUUUGAAUGCAAUACAAACAUUUAAAUCGACAUUAUCUUCAUCGUCGAAUUCAUCAAUGAACAAUUUAUUACAAAACUUGCCUGUUUCAGUACAACGUCAAGUAAAUGAAUAUUUAAAUGAAAUACUUGCACAACUUGUCAUUUGCACAGGUGUUAAUGCAAAAUCACAAUUACCAACAACCAUAUCUCAUACAAUCAAACGAACAUUAGCGAAUCGAAAAGAAAUAACAAUGAAAAAUACUCAUUUUGUAAAACAAGUCAAUGCAAUCAAUGAGCUGCAUGCAAAAUUAAAUACACAAAUUCAAAAUGUUUGUAUUGAACAAUUGAAAACGGUGAAAGCCAAUGAUUUAAAUACAAGUCAAAUUGAUACACUUCGAGAACAAUAUCAAUUACUACUCAAACAAAUUCAAUUACGUCGAUGUGAAUUCAUUCGUGAUAUAUAUUCUAUGGAAAAUAUUCAAGCAUUACAAAAUAUGAAACUAGACUGUGAAGAGAAACAACAAUAUUAUGAUGAACAAAUAAAUCAUUUUAAAGCAAUUGAAAAAGCUAUCAGUACUGAAGGUGUUCAUUAUCAACAUUUAAUAAAACGUUAUUAUGAAUUAUGUGACGAAUUAGUCAAUGCUCAAAAUGCACUUAAACGACUUAAACAACAAAAAGAAAAUAAUUUCAUUUGA